GGUGGAUCCAGUCCCAGUCUUUGUUCAAUGUCGUACCAGCUUUUUAUUAUCUUCCUGGUGUCUCCUUCCUCUGUUUUCUCUUUUUCUUCCUUUCCCAUCUUGAUCACCUUCCUCCCCUCCUCAUUCCUUUUUUCUUCUUCUGCCCCAUGCCCGAAGUAACCCCCACUACCACACUCGUUUCAGAACCCACUACAUUAAAAGCUGCCUCAGAGCCUGUCUUGAAAGCUGCCUCAGAGCCUGUCUCGAAAGAUGCCUCAGAGCCUGUCUUAAAAGCCGCUGCAGAGCCCACUGAAAAGACUACAGAACCUAUCAAGGCCACUGCUGAGCCUGCUGAAGAACCUGUCAAGGGCGCCGCUGAACCUGCCGAACCUGAUUUUGAGAAUGCUGAUCCUGCCCCUACCACCACUACUACACCAAAGCCAGCACCUACCACCACAGCUGCUCCCAAACCAAUCACCACCACCACCACCACUACCCCUGCCCCCGUUGCUACCACAACAAAGGCUCCGGUUGUAGCACCCACUACCACCUUAUCCACAUUAAAACCCGCAGACUCUAUUACCGCUCCAGCCGUAGUACAAACUACACCUGUUAUCGUCGCUGCACCCACUGUCGCUGCUACCACAUUGGCAACCUUGCCUUCACUCUCAGCAUCUUCUAGCUUAUUUAUUUCCUCUACUUUACCUAGCGCGACACCUUCUGCUACGCCCACAGCUGCACCAGAAGAAUCUGGCAGCAAUACAAGCUUAAUCGCUGGUAUUGCUGGUGGUGUGGGUGCUAUUGUUGUUAUUGGUGCAUUUGCCAUUUUCAUGAUCCGUCGUAGUAGACGCAGAGCACGAAGCACACGCGCAAGUCGAUCUAUGGGAGAAAUGUUCUCACCUAACGGAACAACUGGUGGAAAUAAUGACUUUGAUGUCUAUCGUAGUAAUACCACUACCGCUAAUAACAAUAAUGCCAAUUGGAAUAAUACACAUGCUUCUGAAAGAGGAUUCCAAGUAGCAGAACCCCAAUCUGCAAUGGACUACAAUCACAUUGCUAGUCCCGCUAUGGCCUAUGCUACUGGACCUCAAGCAGAACCUGCCAAUGGAGCACAAUAUUACAACGAAGGAGCUGUAUCACCUCAUCGACAAGAAGCCACAGUGUAUGCAUCACCUCAUCAACGUCAUCAAGAAGAAUUAUAUUACGAUUCACAACAAGAUGGUUAUGGAGCAAGAGGACAAGAGAUGUAUCAUGAUCCCCACAUGUAUCAACAAGAUCCUAAUGCAAUGUAUCAAGACCCUAACGCAAUGUAUCAUGAUCCCAACGCCAUGUAUCACGAUCCUCAAAUGUAUGCUCAAGGUCAACAACAUUAUGAUCCUCAUGGUCAACCAGUGGUUUACCAGGAUCAAAUGUAUCAUGAUAGUCAAUACGAUGCACAGUACGAUGCCCAAUACGAUAACUACCAUCAAAAUGCUGCUGGUCCUCCUUCUGCUGGUGUGGAACAACAAAAGCCUGGAUCUCAUCAACCUCUUCGUUAAGAAAACCCUCAAUCCUUCUCUCACAAAUGUAAAAUGCCUCUUCUUCUCUCUUAUGUACUAUCUACAUUAAUAUAUAAUUAUUUUUUUUUACUACAUAUUUUCCACCCUCUCCCUUUCUCUCUCUCUCUCCCAUUUUUUUUUUUAAUUUUAAAAAAAAAAAAUUAAAUAAAUUUGUCGCUACACUGACGAAUUGCCCUUUGUACAAUACUA